AUGGACCCGGCCCUCGAGCUGCUCUUCUACGUGAACGGCCGCAAGGUCAUAGAAAAAAACGUCAAUCCAGAAACAAUGCUGUUACCAUAUCUGAGGAAGAAUCUGCGACUCACAGGGACUAAGUAUGGCUGUGGCGGGGGAGGCUGCGGUGCCUGCACAGUGAUGAUCUCACAGUAUGACCCCAUCACCAAGAGGAUAAGACACUACCCUGCCAACGCCUGCCUGACCCCCAUCUGUUCUUUGUACGGUGCCGCCAUCACCACAGUUGAAGGCAUAGGAAGCACCAAGACGAGAAUUCAUCCUGUUCAGGAGAGGAUUGCCAAGUGCCACGGCACCCAGUGUGGAUUCUGCACCCCUGGGAUGGUGAUGUCCAUCUACACGCUGCUCAGGAACCAUCCAGAGCCCACUCUUGAUCAGUUAAUGGAAGCCCUUGGUGGUAACCUGUGCCGCUGCACUGGAUACAGGCCCAUAAUUGACACAUGCAAGACUUUCAGUAAAACUUUUGGCUGUUGUCAAGGUAAAGAAAAUGGGACUUGCUGUUUGGAUCAAGGAAUAAACGGAUUACCAGAACUUGAGGAAGGAAAUAAAACAAAUUCAAAACUCUUCUCAGAAGAGGAGUUUCUGCCCUUGGAUCCAACCCAGGAGCUGAUAUUUCCUCCAGAGCUAAUGAUAAUGGCUGAGAAACAACCCCCCAAAACCAGGGUUUUUCAUGGUGAUAGAAUGACAUGGAUUUCCCCGGUGACCCUGAAGGAACUUCUGGAAGCUAAAUUCAAGUAUCCCCAGGCCCCUAUUGUCAUGGGGAACACCUCUGUGGGGCCUGAAAUGAAAUUUAAAGGUGUCUUCCACCCAGUUAUAAUUUCUCCUGAUAGAAUUAAAGAACUAAAUAUUGUGAAUCAUUCAUGCAAUGGACUGACCCUGGGUGCUGGCCUCAGCCUGGCUCAGGUGAAGGACAUCCUGGCUGAUAUGGUCCAGAAGCUCCCAGAAGAGAACACUAAGACGUACCAUGCUCUCUUGAAGCAUCUGAGAACCCUGGCUGGGUCCCAGAUCAGGAACAUGGCUUCUUUAGGGGGCCACAUUGUGAGCAGGCAUCUAGAUUCAGAUCUGAAUCCCCUCCUGGCUGUGGGUAACUGUACCCUUAACCUGCUGUCCAAAGAAGGAAAACGACAGAUCCCUUUAAAUGAGAAGUUUCUCAGCAAGGACCCCAGUGCAGAUCUUAAGCCUCAAGAAAUCUUGAUCUCAGUGAACAUCCCUUACUCCAGCAAGUGGGAAUUUGUGUCAGCCUUCCGACAGGCCCAGCGGCAGCAGAAUGCACUGGCAAUAGUCAAUUCAGGAAUGAGGGUCCUUUUUGGAGAAGGGGAUGGCAUUAUCAGAGAGCUCUCCAUCCUGUAUGGGGGUGUUGGUCCAACCAUCAUCAGUGCCAAGAAUUCCUGCCAGAAACUCAUCGGCAGGCCAUGGAGUGAAGAGAUGCUGGAUACAGCUUGCAGGCUCAUUUUGGAGGAAGUGUCCCUUCCGGGCUCAGCUCCAGGUGGGAAGGUGGAGUUCAAAAGGACCCUCAUCAUCAGCUUCCUCUUCAAGUUCUACCUGGAAGUUUUACAGAUUUUGAAGAGGAUGGACCCAGGUCACUAUCCUAGCUUAGCAAACAACUAUGAGAGUGCUUUAGAAGAUCUUCAUUCCAGACAUCACUGGAGUACGUUACAGUACCAGAAUGUAGACCCAAAGCAGCUCCCGAGAGACCCAAUUGGCCGUCCCAUCAUGCAUCUGUCUGGUAUUAAGCAUGCCACAGGGGAAGCCAUCUACUGUGAUGACAUGCCUGCAGUGGACCGGGAACUGUUUUUGACUUUUGUAACUAGUUCAAGAGCUCAUGCUAAGAUUGUGUCUAUUGAUCUAUCAGAAGCUCUCAGCCUGCCAGGUGUAGUGGACAUUAUGACUGCAGAUCAUCUUCAAGACGUAAAUUCCUUCUCCACAGAGACAUUGCUGGCAACAGAUGAGGUAUUUUGUGUGGGUCAGCUUGUCUGUGCCGUGAUUGCAGAUACUGAGAUUCAGGCAAGACGAGCUGCUAAGCAAGUAAAGAUUGUCUACCAAGACGUGGAGCCGCUGAUCCUAACAAUUGAGGAUGCUAUACGACAUAAUUCCUUCUUCAAGCCAGAAAGGAAACUGGAAUAUGGAAAUAUUGAUAAAGCAUUUAAAGUGGUUGACCAAAUUGUUGAAGGUGAAAUACACAUUGGAGGUCAAGAACAUUUUUAUAUGGAAACCCAGAGCAUGCUUGUUGUUCCCAAAGGAGAGGAUCAAGAAAUAGAUGUCUAUGUGUCUACACAGAGUCCUAAAUACAUACAGGAUGUAGUUGCCUCAGUCUUGAAGGUCCCAGCUAAUAAGGUCAUGUGUCACGUAAGACGCGUCGGUGGGGCAUUUGGGGGAAAGGUGCUCAAAACCAGCACAAUGGCAGCCAUCACUGCGCUUGCUGCCAGCAAACAUGGUCGUGCAGUCCGCUGUGUUCUGGAACGAGGAGAAGACAUGCUGAUAACUGGAGGCCGAAACCCAUACUUUGCAAAGUACAAAGUUGGAUUCAUGAACGAUGGCAGAAUCUUGGCCCUGGACAUGGAGCACUAUAACAACGGGGGCAGUUCCCUCGAUGAAUCAUUAUGGGUGAUAGAAAUGGGACUUCUGAAAAUGGACAAUGCUUACAAGUUUGCCAACCUGCGCUGCCGAGGUUGGGCAUGCCGAACCAACCUUCCCUCCAACACAGCUCUGCGUGGGUUUGGCUUUCCUCAGGCAGCGCUGAUCACCGAGUCCUGUAUUGUAGAAGUUGCGGCCAAAUGCGGUUUGUCCCCUGAGAAGGUUCGAAUGAUAAAUAUGUACAAAGAAAUAGAUCAGACACCCUACAAACAAGAGAUUAAUGCCAAGAAUCUCAGCCAGUGUUGGAAAGAAUGUAUGGCCAAGUCUUCCUUCUCCGUGAGGAGAGCAGCCGUGGAAAAAUUUAAUGCGGAGAAUUACUGGAAGAAGAAAGGGCUGGCCAUGGUUCCCCUGAAGUAUCCUGUUGGAGUUGGCUCUGUUGCCUUCGCUCAGGCUGCUGCCCUGGUUCACAUUUAUCUGGAUGGCUCUGCGCUGGUCACUCAUGGCGGGAUUGAAAUGGGGCAGGGUGUUCAUACUAAAAUGAUUCAGGUGGCCAGUCGGGAGUUAAGGAUGCCAAUGUCGAAUGUCCACCUGCGCGGAACAAGCACGGAAACCGUUCCUAAUACAAAUAUCUCUGGAGGAUCCGUAGUGGCAGAUCUCAAUGGGUUGGCAGUAAAGGAUGCUUGUCAAACUCUUCUAAAACGCCUUGAACCCAUCAUCAGCAAGAAUCCUCAAGGAACUUGGAAGGACUGGGCACAGGCUGCUUUUGAUGAAAGUAUCAGUCUUUCAGCUAUUGGAUUCUUCAGGGGUUAUGAGUCACACAUGAACUGGGAGAAAGGUGAAGGCCAUCCUUUUGAAUACUUUGUUUAUGGAGCUGCCUGUUCAGAGGUUGAAGUGGACUGCCUGACAGGGGAUCAUAAGAACAUCAGAACAGACAUCGUCAUGGAUGUUGGCUACAGUAUAAAUCCAGCCCUUGACAUUGGCCAGGUUGAAGGUGCCUUUAUUCAAGGCAUGGGACUUUAUACAAUAGAGGAACUGAAAUAUUCUCCUCAGGGUGUUCUGUACACACGUGGUCCAAACCAAUAUAAAAUUCCUGCCAUCUGUGACAUCCCUACAGAGCUGCACAUCUCUUUUUUGCCUCCAUCUGAAAAGUCAAACACCCUGUAUUCAUCUAAGGGUCUGGGAGAGUCUGGAGUGUUUCUGGGGUGUUCCGUGUUUUUCGCCAUCCGUGAUGCAGUGAGUGCAGCAAGACAGGAGAGGGGCCUGUCUGGACCAUUGAAGCUCAAUAGUCCACUGACUCCAGAGAGGAUCAGAAUGGCUUGUGAGGACAAGUUCACAAAAAUGAUUCCAAGAGAUGAGCCUGGGUCCUUUGUCCCUUGGAAUGUACACAUCUGA